AGUAAAUACUUUUGAAAAAUUCUUACAUCAGCGAGUCAACCAGUUUGAGUUUGGGUUCGGUCAGAUUUGACCCAUUUUAGUAGGUCAUUUCGGGUUUAUUCAACUUUAGGUUCGAUCAAAAAAAAUUUUGCUCAAAACUCAGUAUUUUUGCACUUUGACUUCCAAUUAAAAAAAAAGGGUAGUGCAAAGGCGCUGUGUUCGUUUCUCCGUGGCAUUCUUGAAUCGGCAGCAAAGUCGUCGCCGGAAUCUUAGCCCGAAACAGAAGCAUCGUUCCCCUGCUUCGCCGGCGGGACUCUGAAAUUGGUCAGCGCAUCCACCCCACGGAGCUUGUCGUAGAUCGCCUCGGCUUCCUCAGCCGUUUCAUAUAUCCCAACCAAACUCUAACCUGUCGGGUCGGGUCCCGGAUCUCGGCAGCCCAUUUUCCCCAAGGUCGUCGCCUUACGCCCCGGAACUUCCUGACACCGCCGGAGACACCUGAAGGGCCAAGAACAUCUUUCCCCCUCCCUCCUUUCUGCCUGGGCGGAACUGGCUCCAGCGGUCUCUUCCUACGGUUUCGCGCAACACCGCCGUCAGCGGCGGAAUCUGAGAUUCAAAUGAGAGGAGGCGGAGAAGUUUAAGAAUGGGGGAGAGGAAGAGAUAAGAUGUCUGAAUGGUUAAGAGAUUUGCCUCUGAAUGGUUAAGUAUUAUACAGAGUCUGAAUGGUUAAGAGCUGUUAUCUGAAUUGAUCAGACAUUUGCCUCUGAAUAGUUAAGCAAUAUACUAGCUCUUAAUGGUUCAGACCUCUUACUGUCCCCCCGCCAUGGCUGCUCCUGCAGCUGCUAAUGCUGCCCCUCAACAUGAUUUGGUUCACUUAACCAAAUCAGUUGACAGUCUCACAAGAGCAGUAGGAGCUUUGAACAAUACUUUAACGCGACUAAAUGAGACGCUCAUGCGACCCCUUCCUCCUCCGGCAGAGGAUGAGACUGGGAGACUGGAGAAUAUCGUAGCCGCGAAAGAGGGCGAGGUGCAAGCGUUGAAAGAAGAUUAUAUGGCGCCCUGCGGCUUGGCGUAUGCCGCCACCGAUGCGUACAAGGGGCUGCUCGUCCAGGCGGCUGUGACUCUUGCGAGUCUUUCUUCAGCUUCUUCUUUGAUGAUGACCACUGUGAAAACCAGGGUAAGAGAAACGUACCUUACCCCGGUUUUCUUCGGACUUGUUUUAUGGGUCAUUGUCAAAGCUGGGGCGUGCAUCUUCAGGCUGCUGGAGACCAAGGGUGAGUUUAAAGAGUUCUUUUAUAAGAAAUAUAAGUUUGUGGUGGACUUUGCCGAAUUCAAGACGGCCGAAGGUUUAGUUGAGCAGGAUCUUGUGGUGGAGGAGAGGCAGACGAGAGAAGCGGAUGAGAGAGCCCGAAUGAAAGUCCUAUGUUGGCCGCGUGGAUGUCAUCUUGAAAAGGAUGAAGAAUAAGCUUUUCCUCUAUGUCUUUGAUGUGGUGGCGAUGUUUGCUCUCGUAUUUUUUGUGCAGGAUGGCUCUACUUAUCUGGCAGGAACCAAGAUGAUGGAUGGUUCUGCCGUCCCAGAGCUGAUCUGCUGCCACUGCCCGUUUACCCAAGCCGGUGAGGUUUUUAAAAAUAGUAAAUAAUGGGGAGGUUCGGGGAUGCCCUAUCUCGGCCCCAUCUCUAAGUUAGCUACUUAUUAAUGAUUAUUCCCUAAUACGGAGUACUACUUAUUUUAUUACUAUGCUUUUAUGAUAAUUACUCUCUUCAUCUCCUUGUAUUUGUUCAUUUUUUACUUUUGGAACUGUUCAUCUAAGUACUUUGACUCAUCAAAUUCUCUCAAUGUGUAAGUUUAAAUAUAGUCAUGUGUGAUCU